UUCGGUUCGGCGGCGCAGUUUGGUUCAACUUCUGAACGCUGCUGUCGUGGUCGUGAUUGCGCGCGUAUGUGGCCGAAAUCUUUGGCAGGGCUAUUGAAAAAAAAAACUUAAACGCGUGUAGUGUUCAGCCGUAAUCGCCAGGGUGCGGGCUUUUCGAAACAGUCGUAUCAGGUUUUAGAUUUCGGUGGCACCUGUUGGACAAAGCUUAUGGGUUAUUUUGCGAAAACCAGUUGGAAAUGCGGUUGAAGUUUGUUCUAUGACGUAGUCCUUUCCCUCUGUUAAGUGAUAAUUAAUUUUCGGAAAAGUGCCGAAAAGUAGCAGCAUUAGGUCGUUCAAGUGAAUGUGCAACGGCGUGAAAUCGCGAGACACAAGUAUCAAUCGAACGGCCUUUGAGGCCGCAACUGAUUUUCGACCAUUUUGGCGCAGUAGUGUGUUCAACGACCGUAGCAGGAGGUUUGCGACAGCGAGUUAACCCACCGCGAAUCUAGGCUAAACUUUUGCUGACACCGGUGAAAAUCGACCGUACAUAAGGAAAAUAAACAGCUGCGACGGAAAAAAAAUUGGAUUAAGCGUCGGUUCCCCCUCCCCCGUGUGCACCGUGGUGAAACACUUCGAGGAUGAGUGUGGCAGAGAAUUUCACGGAUUUUUCGUCCGGUUCCCGGUUUGUCUUCCAGAUGGCCGUCGACGAAUACCACACGGGUCGGAAUUGGUCCGGUCUCGUCGAUCGAUACUGGCUCAUCGUUGAGGAGCUGAUUGCCGACCCCCGCGCCAAACACCUCCCCUUUAUGGACAACCCGCUACCGACGCUAGGACUGAUAGUCUGCUACCUGCUCUGGGUUCUGAAGCUCGGUCCGAUGUACAUGCGAGAUCGAAAACCCAUGGACCUGCGGCGUAUCAUCAUCUACUACAACCUGUUCCAAGUGCUGCUGAGCGGUUAUAUGUUUUACGAGCACCUGAUGGCGGGCUGGCUGCAAGGAUACAGUUUCACGUGCCAAACAGUUGACUACAACGAUGGGCCACUUUCUCGGAGGAUGUUUAAUCUCUGCUACGUGUACUACCUAUCGAAGCUGACCGAGUUCGCUGACACGACAUUCUUCGUGCUACGGAAGAAACAGUCUCAGAUAACGGAUUUGCACGUGUAUCACCACUCGCUGACACCGAUCGAGGCGUGGAUUCUGACCAAGUUUAUUGCCGGUGGCAACGCAACCUUCCCCAACAUCAUCAACAAUUUCGUGCACGUCCUGAUGUACUUCUACUAUAUGCUGUCCGCGAUGGGUCCUCGCUACCAGAAGUAUCUCUGGUGGAAAAAGUACAUGACCGAGGUUCAAAUAAUCCAGUUUAUCCUCUGCAUCGGACACUGCAUCAACGCCCUGGUGACGGGUUGUCCGUUUCCGCGCUUCAUUUCCACCCUGCUGCUGAUCAAUGCCUCUAUCUUCCUGGCUCUGUUCAUGAAUUUCUACAUUCAAAGCUACAAUCGAAGACCGUCGGCAAAAUCGGCUACCGUCGCAUCGGGUGCCGCAAGCGUUCCGGCCAUCGUUGACGCUGCCAGCGUCGAGCAGUCUUCCAAGGUACAGGAUCUGCUGGAUAGUGAAACCAGCGAGCGGCCCAAAGCCCAGGAGGUUAACAACAAUAGCAUCGAAUCGAUCGAACCACUGGUGGACAAACCGGACAGAGUUCUGCCUCCCACAGCUAACGGUGAUAUUGUUAGCAAGCUGGAUGAGCAGUUCGAGGGGUCCGAUGAGAACGUGUUACUGUUAGCAGCAGACGCUGCCGUCACCACGACCGAACUGCCAAAAGAUGUGAUAGCGACAGUGGAAGGACUCCGCCAGCGGAUACUGAGCCCGGAUGAACUACGGCUGGCGGAUCCUCCCGUUCGAGAGUCUGACGUUUUCGUUGCGGAGUAGUGUAGUAGUAUUUUAGUAUUGUUUGUAACACCUUGCGCUUUAGCUUCUAGGAUGAUAGUUCAAUCAUGACAAGUGAAAACCAAAAUCAGUCGUUUAUAAGGAAAAGAAUAUCAACGAAUUCAGGUGUUCCACCGGGAUGCUCCGGAGCUGGCUGGAAUUAGCUAGUGAUUGUUCGGCUAUCCGUAUUUGUAAACAACUCGCAUAGACACACACAUAAACACUCCGAAGAUUCAUUACCAUAUCAAUCAUAAACCAAGCAGGCCAUAUCUUGCCACUGAUUGUAAACACUGUGGUGCAAUAUUCCGUAGCCUACGUUGAUAGUUUUCAAAACAGAAGAAUAGUAGGAUAAUUCUAGUCUAUGACGAUUUUCCGUAUCAGUUAUUGCGUUUUCGUUUUUACAUUGUACUACACCGGUGUAGCGUAAAAAAAGUAGAGUUACUGGGGGCGGGUAUAGUGUAGUUUGUAAGUUAAUUGCCGUGUUCGCAGUUCGAUUCUCAAUCCGUUCACAAAUGGUUAAAAAAUUUCCUAAUCCGUAAAAGACGUGAAUGAUCCUAAGGUUAAAACCUCCGUAAUGGAAACAAAAAAAAAAAUACAUUUAUUACACCCAAGUUUGAAUUAGUGUCGCUUGGACUACACCGGUGUAAAGCAAUGUCUAAAAACGACAAUGCCAUUAGAUUAGUUUCUAUAUUCUUUCGCAUCGUGCUACUUUUUAACUCGGAACGAAAUCCAUUUGCUCAACAUUUUGUUUUAACAAUCCAUUCUCGAAACGCGUGAAUGAGAAUUUUUGUUUGAUUGUUUGUUUGUUUUAAACCUUAUCGAAAUAUGCUAGCUUUUACGACGACGGAAUCGUUAGGGUGAUUAAGAGUAAAAUGUACUGAACAAUGAUUGUGUUUCAUAACCUAAAAUGUACGUAUGUGGUGCAAGACUGAACUGUGUAUGUAGGAUCAGCGUACCUAUCUAAGGAAGAGAAAGAAGAACACAAUUAGUUACCGAGAAGUGCAGCAAAAUUGUUCAAUAGUUAGUAGCAUAGUGGUGACUACUCUACUGUCUAGAAGACACGCGAAGCUUAGUUAAGUUCUAGCAUUAAUAAUACCGAA